GUCGUCUUGUUCUGUUCAGCUCUGUUUGCCUGUUCAUUACCAUCCACGAUUAAAGGAGAUUUUUUCAUCUAAUCUGCAUUCUUGCCUCUAUGUUUGGGUCCACUCCUGCUUCCCCACCUGACAUAAGUCAUAUUUUGAUGAAAGACGUUCCAUUACUUGGACUCAAGUUAAUUAUCAUUCAGAUCAUUUUGCUUAAACUGCACUCUAAUGAGCAGAAAAUGACUGGGAUCAAGUCUCUUGCUGUCACUGAGCUACUCGUUAUUUGCUGAACAUGCUGGGAUCUUGUUCCACAUCUGUGUCUCCCUGGAUCCCUGCAACAUGCUUAUUGCCUGACUACUGUUCCUCUGAAUCUCUAUUGGCCUCUAAAGAAAACAGCUGUUAACAUUUAUGAAAAAGUUAUUGGAAUACAUGAUGAACUCACAUCAGCAGUAUGUGGUUCAUAGGCCACUAAACAGUUGCUACAGUAGAUCUCCUGUUUUCUGUCACAAAUCAUUUGCCAGUGGACACGUCGUGUGUGGAGGAAGGAGGACUCGUCCAUUUUCUAGGAAGAUUGUGCUAUGGAUCAUGUGCUGAACAUUUCUGACUAUUACAUCUUCACUCCUUAUGUUUAUCCAGCCUCAUGGCCCGAGGAUGGGGCUUUGCGUCAGAUAAUCAGCCUGUGGCUGGUGACCAACCUUGGAGCAGAACUGAUUUACCUGGGCUUUGGUGCUCUUAGCUUCUACUGUGUCUUUGACCAUAAGCUCAUGAAACAUCCACAGUUCAUUAAGAACCAGGUAAGAAAAGAGAUCCAACUAGGUUCUGUCUCCAUCUUCUGGAUGAGCUUCCCCACAGUGGCCCUUUUCUUCUGGGAGAUCAGGGGACACAGCAAACUUUUUGACAACAUCAGUGAAUCUUCCCUGGGCUGGCCAGGGGUGUUUCUAAGCAUCGCUGGCUUCUUGUUCUUUACUGACAUGUGUAUCUACUGGAUACACCGGUCCAUGCACCAUAAGAGCAUUUAUAAGCACUUACAUAAGCAGCACCAUACAUUCAAGAUCCCCACGCCGUUCGCCAGCCAUGCCUUCCACCCACUCGACGGCUUCCUGCAGAGCUUACCUUACCACGUCUACCCUUUCAUCUUCCCCCUCCACAAGGUAAUCUACCUCUCUCUCUUCAUCUUUGUCAACAUCUGGACCAUUUCCAUACAUGAUGGAGACUACCGCAUCCCCGGCCCCCUGAUAUGUCUAAUCAACGGCGCUGCCCACCAUGUAGACCAUCACCUCUUCUUCAAUUACAACUACGGACAAUACUUCACCCUCUGGGAUCGUCUGGGGGGCUCCUACCGACACCCUUCAGCCCUCCUGGGGAAGGGGCCACAUGACCACAUCCGCAAGCUCAUGGCAGAGGCUCCAAAGACAAAGUGAUGACGGAUACAUCAUGACAUCAUGAUAUUCUUUUCUGGUUCAAACCUUUCAGGAAGGUUUCUACAGAGAUGCUCUGCCCCAGUCAUGAUGCAAGAGACAGUGGCAAAACCAGCUAUCUGGAGCAAGAAUAAGAAAUCUUAAACACAGAAGAGAAGAUGGUUUGUUUUUCCAAACAGAUUUGUACAAAUGUUAAAUUCAGAAAAAGAAAGAAGGUUUAGAGAGAAUGACUUUUUUCUUUAACUGUUUAGAUUGUUGGUUAAAUGCAAUGCCUCCACUUAACAAUGCUUGGAGUGACACUGAACAGUAGUGAAUUGUAGGAUACUGAA